AGUCGUUGGUACUUGCUUUUAAAUGUGUUCUCUUGCCUUGUCUUUACUGCUCUGUGGAGGCUCUGAUAAUAACCCCAUAAAAGUGGGGGUGAGUUAAGAAAUUUAGACAGCUGGCAAAUGUUAAAACAGUUGGCAGAAUUUUUUUCACACUUCUGCAAUGAAUGCACCUUUUGAUUUCAUGCCCUGAAGUUGCAAAAUGGCUAAUCGCAUUAUGCAGUGGCUGCUCUCUGUGGCUCUGUAUCCACCUUCUUGCAGAGCCUUGCAGACAGAGUCUCACCUUUCCUUCAGAGAUAUAGAUAUAUAUGAGCGGCUUCAGGGUGUUUCUGUCUGGACUUGGGUGCAACUGCUGGCCUUUCGGGGACUGGUUUGGUUGGAGAGCGAUUGUAGGGGAGAAGGGCAAACAGUUGUGAGGUUUCCAGGAUGGUGGGGCAUGGAGCCAGGAAGAGAUGCAUUGGCAGGUUGCCAAGGCUUGGGAACACACAGAGCCUUGUCUGAAGCCCGGGCAUGCACCCAGCACAGGUGCUGAAAGAGGCUGGGUUAAGGCAUACAGAAGGGGGGGGAGCUUGGCCAAUCAAGAAUAGAAGACUUGCAGACACAUCAAGACGAGCAGAUUGUGCAGAUCAUUAUAAAUCCGGUGUUUGUGUUGGACAGCAAAGUUGACUGUCAUUGUGAUGUGUAGGAGGAAGAACAGUCAGCAAAACUAUCCCAUUUAGAGGCAGGAAAGAAGGUACCAUUUGUCUGCUGUGGGUGUCAUAAGCCUGACUGGAUUUGAUGGAUGUGAAGCUGAAACUGGCAGCUUCUUUCAUCUGUGUUACCCCUCGCAGCAGAUUAGACAACAUAGUAAGGCUAUUGUCUGCACCUGCAUUGAGCUAAAAGGUUGCUUCUCUUCCGCUGAAUUUCAAUUAUAACACCAAGCACACAGAUUUUCCUGUUUGACUCAUGUGACUUGUGGGCAGUUGUUCAGGGUGUGUCCCAGGAAAGUUCCAUGGCUGAGGCGGGAAAAAAGUGGGAUUCUACAAGGAAUUCCCCACCACACAACAAAGCAACAUCCAUCCUUAAGAAGUCAAAGAGAGCACGGCGGGGCAAUGUGACGUUCGACCAGGUGACAGUGUUCUUCUUCCCUCGGUGCCAGGGAUUCACCAGUGUUCCCAGUCGAGGAGGGUGCACUCUGGGCAUGAUGCAGCGCCACAGCGUGCUCCGCACGUAUACACUCGCUGAGUUUGCUGUGGAGCAGCGGCUCCUUCGCCGGGAAAAACUCUUCAACAGACUCAGGGAGGAGAAGCUGGAGGCUCUCAAACUGAAGCUGACUAAGAAUGGAACCCAAGAGAGCGAAGAAGCGGAGCAACUAACGGUGGACGACAUCCCUGAGCAGGACAUUGACCUCAGUGGAGCCAACUUGGAGGAGGGCUCUUUCCUCCAGCCUUACCCACCAAAACGUCGUUACGCCUUGCUGAAAGCAGCCGGUGUGAAGAAGAUCGACAAGGAGGAGAAGAGGCAGUUGCAUGAACUGCGGAUCUCCAGGGAGAACUGUGGUUGCGACUGCCAGGGUUUCUGUGAGCCUGAGACAUGCAGCUGCAGCCUGGCUGGCAUCAAAUGUCAGAUGGAUCAUUCCUCUUUCCCAUGUGGCUGUACCAAGGAUGGCUGUGGAAACACUGAGGGUCGCAUUGAGUUCAACUCCACCAGGGUACAGACACAUUACAUCCACACUAUCAUGAAGCUGGAGUUGGAGAAGAGGCUGGAGGAGCAGUCUAGCACAGAGGAGGAGGAGGAAGAGAACAGAACAGGGGCCACAUCCUUGCCGGCAGUGCCCUCCUUCCCCUUUAGCUCUGAACUGUUGGCAACUGGAGAGAACAGUUGCAGCAGCGAUAUGACAGACUCAGACUCUUCAGGUCAGAGUGAGGACUCUGAGGCAAGCGAGAGCCCUUGCGAGCGUCGUACCCAGCUGGAUGUUGAUGAGAAAGGCCUGAGCCGCAUUCUCAGUUUCCACGAAACAGAGAAUUGCUCAAGAAGUAGCCAGGAAGGUGGGGUCCCCAAGGGCAUGUGCUGCCAAGAUCAACGGCAAGAACAACAGCAGCCAUCUACGGAGGCUUUUAGUAGCUUUAGCAUGGUGGACUUUUCUGACGAGAAUGACAAUAUAGACGCUGCACUGUUGGAUUCUGCAGACGAUCACACAGACAAUCGAGCUACAGCCAUCUCAGAACUUUUGGAUGAGAACGCCAACCAGGGAAAUGCCCUAUUCCAUAGCAGUAGUGUGCCACGCACACCCUCCCCCACAUUCGAUCAUUCUGCAAGCUAUAACAUGGACCUGAGCCUCUCCUCAGAGUCAGAUCUGGAGUUCUUUGACGGUUUCCCCUGCUUGGAGCCCAGUUCGCUCUACAACUCCCUCAAGGAGUACGAACACAUGGACAACUUUUUUCAGUUUCAGCUGCCUACUUACCCGAGCCUCCCUCCGGCGAGUGACCCAGGGACCUGCCUCCUAGAGUCAUUGAUUGGCCUUUCAGAAUCCGUCCCAGAACCUCCUGCCACUUUUACAGACAAUCAGCUGUUGGAGGAAGCCAUGAAAUUGUCUGUGAUGGAGUCUGUGAAAGUUUGACAAAAAGUGAAUAUGUGUGGACAGUGCAAGAAAAAAGAGGGGUUUGGGAGGGGACUGAACAUGCACAUAAGAAGUCAUUGAUUUAGGAGGAAGCUGUGAUUUCCCUCUUGCCUAAAAAAAAAAAAUAUUCAAAUUCCAGACUUGCCUUCAAAAUGUUAGGAAAGCAGUUUGGGAUUAUUGCUGUGUGAGACGGCAGCUAGUGUUAAAAGUGAAAAGAUACAAAACAGAGAUCAAUUUGACCAGGCCAAUAGAAACCAAUGACGGCUCUCAAUUCCUAAGAAAGCUCUUUUAACCAAACCAAGAUCACCAACCAUGCGCUAAACAGGAAUCAAUCUUAACCAGGGCCGGGUUGGGUAUCUCAACACAGCUGAAUGUGCACCUCAGGGACUUUUUUCUAGCUUUCUAGCUUUUGGAGGCAAUGUAUGGUGACCAUUGCUGUGAUGGCCUUUAUAUGAAACCUGAGUCAAAUCACAAUACAGUCUUGUUCAUGUCCUUCCCUUUGGGUUCUAUACCCAAAGGACUUGAGUAGUUAGGGUCCUCCCUGUGUUGAAUCCUAAAGCUAGUGGACUCUUUCUCCUCAAGGUCUCUCCCAAGGGUCUCAUAUGGUACAAAAAAAAAUCCCUCUAAAAGCUCCUCGAUCAGCACUUUAUCUGUGAAAAAAAUAGUUAUGUAUGAAUAGGCAUUGUUUUGGUAGUAUGGGGUCGAUUCAGCAGUUCAACGCUAAAUUAUGGAGUUUGUUAUUUAUGAGCCGGGUAACGAGAAAUAAUGCUCAUACCAUUAAAAGCUGUAUUGUCUUUAUUACUUUUGUUUUAAAUUAUUUCCUUUUCGAUUUUUAUUUAUUUCAGAUAAAGCCUACUUUCACUCAAUAAGCACUGUGGUUUGAUAUUUUCACCUGAAAGUGCAAUCUUUCUUCCUAAUUUCCAUAUCACAUUUAGGCGUUGUUAUGGGAAAUGGGACCACAAGUCCAGCAGAAAGUAUUUAAUAUCUAUUCUCUUAUACAUUUAACUUUUUUUUUUUUGGUAACUUAUUAUGUCAUCAUUUCAUUAGUUAUUUAAUUUAAGACAUUUUGGCAAUAAAAUGGGGUGUUGUGAAGUUUACUGGAUGUGCCUGCUUAUCAGGGGAGCCAUGCCUGCCGAUGGUGUGUGCACAGUGCUUCCAUUUAAGCUUUGGGACUGAAAACUGUGGAAUCUCCCUAAUCACUGAAACUAAAUUAUGGGUCCAUUGUAUCGCUGCCUAUAAUGUAACCAUAGAAAAUUACACUAAUAUUUUGUAACUAAUUUAUGUAGGUUGAAAAAAAGAAUUCUAAUCACUGACAAAUUGAAUAUUUUAUUAAGAAAGCAAAAUGGGUAAUUUUCAAUCUGGGACAAACUUUGUAAUAUAUGAAUUAUAGAGAAAUGUAUACUUAUGGAGGAUAUUGAUCUCUAACAUUCUGAAGUAUUUUUCAUAGGCAGUCUUAUGGUUUGAUAGUUUAGCAAAAUGCCACUAAAUCUAAGUAAAUUACAAAGAUCAAUUUGAUUGUAUUCUGAAUUUUUUGGAAGUCUGUGACUUGGGUUACACUAUGAUAUAAAUUACACAUGUAAAGGGUUUUUGUGGAUAAAAACUGCAUAUAUUAUACAAUUUUUAUCGCGCACAUGAACCCUGAAAAUUGAAGAGUUGCCUCUUUAAUUACAGAACAAGACCUUUCAAAGGUGAUUCUGCUGUCACCUGAGUGAACAGUUGAGGACACUAGAGAGUUGAUGUACAUAUCUCACCCUUUCUACAGCUGUUUCAACAGCCUUUCUGGACCCUUUAGAAAUUAUGCAUGCAGGUCCUGUUUGUUAAAACUUGUUCUGAUUAAUUGUAUACUUUGAAAAGUGCUGAGUGCACAUCGGAAAUGUAUUAUUCGCUUUUCGCCUUUUUGAUUACUUUGAAAUCCAUCUGAUAUAUGAUCUUUUGCCAUGAAAGAGGGCACUGAUUUUUGCAAACAAACAUUCAUUUCUCUUGUAUAAAACAUCAAUUCUCAUGAAGAAAUGGCAACAGUGAGUGUUUAUCAAUGUAAUGUAUUACAGUACAGCUUUUUAAAUUUGAUUUUCAAAGAACGUGUCUUACUUUUUUGCCUUUUUUUGUUGUACAUAUUUCUGCUUGAAUGGUCCUGCAGAGCAAACAAAGCUGCUUUAUUUUUUACAUAUUCACACUUUAACCUGCUGUUCAAAAACAGUUUGUCUCAUCUUAGCCAUUUUGACAGCCUGUCCCUCCAAAUAAUAAUAAAAAAACAUUUUUUAAUUGCUCGA